AUGGUCGCCUUGAACAAGUACACUUCAAUUCGAUUCGCGGGCUUGGUCUGCCUGUGUGCGCAAUGGACGGCAGCACAGCGAGUCCUCCGCGACCCCAGCGCCGCCAAGGACGCCUACGAUUAUAUCAUUGCUGGCGGCGGUCUCACGGGCCUGGUUGUUGCCAACCGGUUGACCGAAGACCCAAAGACAACCGUCCUGGUGGUCGAGUACGGCGAUCUGGCUGACAGUUGGAAUCUGUCCAUCCCCUACUAUGCCACGGCUCUGCAGGACGCCAGCCUGAUGUUCACCACCCCUUCGACGCCCCAGCGCGGCCUCGGUGGCAGGACAUUCAACCUGCCCCUGGGAGCCACGGUUGGUGGCGGCUCAACCGUCAACGGCAUGGCCUAUCUUCGAGGAGCAAAGGUGGACUAUGACACUUGGGAGAAGAUGGGCAACCGGGGCUGGGGCUGGAAAGAGAUGUCUAAGUAUUUUAAAAAGUCAAGCACACUGAAUGUUCCAAGUCCCGAAAUUGUCGACCAGCUCAACUACACCUACGACAAGAGUAGUUUCGGCCAUGGCCCUGUGCAGGCCCUCUUGCCGCCUUGGCAAUGGCCAGAUGUUUAUUACUUGUACAAGGCUUGGACAGAGGAUAUGGGCUACCCACUCCUCAACGACAGCAUGAGCGGCAAUAUUCUCGGUGCCGCGUGGAGGCCUAUCAGUGCCGAUGGCAAGAACCUUACUAGGUCUUCGGCGCGCAAAGCGUACUACGACCCCGUCCAGCAUCGCCCCAACCUGCAACUCCUCGUCAACACCUACGUGGCCAAAGUCCAGAUUCCGGCCCAGGGACUGUCGAGGGCCAAGGGAGUCGACGUGUUCAGCAGGAAAGACGGGUCGGCAAAAGUCUCCAUCUCAGCCAGAAAGGAGGUGAUCCUCGCCGCCGGCGGGAUUCACACACCCCAGAUCCUCCAACUUAGCGGGAUCGGGCCGCGGCACCUUCUCGACAAGCUCAACAUCCCGGUGGUCGAGGAUCUGCCGGGAGUCGGGGCCAACUUUAUGGAUCAUCCCACCCUCCGUGGGGCUCAGCAAGUCAACCAACCCAAUCCCAUCAACUUUUCGCUCCUACGCAACAAUGCAAGCUUCUUUGAUGCCGCCUGGGCAGAGUACAUGGCCAACCGCACCGGCCCGCUGACCGCCGCGGGCGGCAACAGCGGGCUCACCGCGACGCUCCACAACCUCACCACCAACUCGGACGACACCGCCACCAACCUCAUCCACACCCUCAUCACCCCCGCCAACUCGACUGCGUACCUGCCCGCCCACUACCGCGACAAACCCACCCUCGUAGCAGGCUACGCCGCCCAAGUCUCGCUCCUGACCAGCGCCCUCCAGGCAGGAACCAACCCGCUCGUCGACUUCCUCUGGUCGGGCAACGCGCCCCCCGGCAUGGCCGUCGUCCUGCAAAAGCCCCUCUCGCGCGGCACCGUCCUCAUCAACAGCACAAACCCGCACCCUGGCCUGUCGCCGCCCCUGGUCGACUUCAACGCUUUUGCUCAUCCGUUUGACGCCCGCGCCAUGGUGCUGGCCUUUAAGCUGCUCCGGAGGGUGCUGCUGACGAGCCCCUCGCUGCGGCACCUCGGCGUGGAGGAGUUGCUGCCCGGCGAGGAGGCGGUGGGGACGGAUGAGGAGAUUGAGGCGGCGUUGAGGGGAACUUUGAUGUCGCCUCAUAAUGCGCAUCCGUGCGGGACCGCAGGGAUGAUGCCGCGGGAGCUCGGCGGUGUGGUGGAUGAGAGGUUGAAGGUGUAUGGUGUCGAAGGACUGAGGGUGGUGGAUGCGAGCAUGCUGCCCGUCAUUGUGGCGGCGAACCUGCAGGCGACGAUGUAUGCGGUUGCGGAGAAGGCGGCGGAUAUUAUUAGGGGGCAUUGA